AUGGAACACUGGUUCCAGUACGAAUCAGGCAUGCCCUGGUGCGAGUCCGCCUACAAAUACCAGACCUUGCCGAUGGUGGCGGAGUUCGCGAACACGGUGACAAAUCUCCCAAUUAUCGUGCUUCCCAUGGUAAAUGCGAUGAUGUUGCGGGAGUAUAUUGUUGAAGAGAAUUGGAUGAUGUUCUUGCCCAACUUGCUGUUGACGAUAAACGGUCUCGCUUCGACGUUUUAUCAUGCAACGUUGAGCUUGUUUGGUGAGUUAAUUGAGAAAAUAAAGUUGGCAUUUGAAACACAUUUUUUUUGUUUUUUAAAACUUUUUUUAAAUUUAAGAAAAUACGAUCAUUUCCAAUGUUUUAAUCGAAUUUAGAACAUAUAAAAUUUCAGGUCAACUAGUCGAUGAACUAUCGCUCCUUUGGCUGGUGAAUAUGUGUGUUAUCGCGUACCUACCGAUUCUCUCGACAUAUCCAGCAAGACUCAGACAUAGAAUGUAAGUCACCUAUGUCCCAUCUUUUAUUAAAUGGCCAAGUUUGCAAUUUUUCUCAUUUUUAGCCCCGAAAUCCGCUGGGCGAUUGUUGGAAUCACAACUCUGGUCAGUUUGCUCUGUUUCAUCAAGCCGUCGUUGAAUGCGUUCGCUUUGAUGAUUGUCAGCAUCCCCAGCAGCGUUAUGAUUUAUUUGGAAGGAAUCAAGUAGGUGUUAGCCCUGUUUGGAAUAUUUCCAAAGCAAUUUCUCAUUGGCAAUUGCUGAGUAAAAACUGCUAGUUGCUAUCUAUUUUUGGCGUAUAAGUAAGCCUUUACUUUCAGGCACGGAUUCCCAGCGGUGGAGAAGUUCACUUGGCGAGUAUUCACUCUCUGGGGAUUGGCCAUUACUUUCUGGUUGUCCGACAAAGUUUUUUGCGACUUUUGGCUGUAUUUGGGUAAGUUGGGCACUAUACUUUGUGCUGUCGUGCGAAAUCAGUUUUGAGACAGUCACUUUGCGGUCACUGUUUCGUGAAUCUUGUCUUUUUCUAGGCUGACGAGCUUAGCGCGAGCUGAGCUUAAGCCUGUUUAAGCUCAUCAUUGCAUUCGAUAAACCUGCUUAGGCUAGUGCAGUUUAAGGCUAGAAACAGUUGUUAGCGUUGUAUAAUCUGCAGUCUGAGCGGUACAUUCUUGUGGUAUCAUAUGCCACCACAGAUGUAGGCCGUCUGGAAAGCAGUUGCCUUUAAAAUGUCUUUUCCCAUACUUGCUAAGGCUCUAUCAGUCUGUCCGGAAAGUAAUGAGCAAUCUGUCGCAUCGUAAAUCGUAUCGCUGCCGAGAAACCGAAUUUUAUCGCUGCAAAAUCAAAUUUCUUUCCACUUCAGCGACACAAUCAGCGCAGCGACGUUGUGCUCAUUAUUUUUCCGUCAGACUGAUACUAUAUCACGUCGUAUGGGAAAAGGUUUUCUUCAUAACUUGAUAAUUUUACAGGAACCCCCUAUCUCCACGCCAUCUUCCAUCUUCUCUCGUCCAUGGCCGCGUACAAUAUCUUUGUAAUGUUCGGCCUCUUGGAGAUCAAUCGUAAAGAAGGAAGCCACAAUUUCGACGCCGAGAUUCGAUAUUUCCCAACCGAUUUCGAGACCAACAAGCCAUUGAGAUUCUCAGUGCCAUAUUUGACGUUGGUCCGAAAAUCCAAGCGAAUUGAGUAA